UCAGAGUUGAUUGAAGAUAAUGAGGAGAAAGAGGAAUUGAGUGAAGUUGAAGAGAAAAAUCAUGUCAGAAGUGCAGAAAACCCCAAACAGAAAGAUUUAAAGAAAAGAAGAGCCAAGAAAUCUUUCACCUGCACUCAGUGUGGAAAGAGUUUGACAAGCAAACAUGGUCUGGAUGUUCACAUGAGAGUUCAUACUGGAGAGAAACCGUUCACUUGUGAUCAGUGCGGGAAGAGUUUCUCACAAUCAUCAAGCCUUAAGGAUCAUAUGAACAACCACACUGGAGAGAAACUGUACUCAUGUGAUCAGUGCGGCAAAACAUUUUUGAGGGCUUCAGAACUGAAGCAGCACCUGAGAGUUCAUACAAAGGAGAAGCUAUAUUCAUGUUAUUUGUGUGGAAAGAGUUUUUCACGUUUUUCAACUUGGAAAGAACAUCAGAAAAUACAUACUGGUGUGAGAGAGUACAUGUGCUUUGAGUGUGAAAAUACUUUUACUUCAGCGAGCCGUUUAAAACGGCAUGAGAGGAUUCACACUGGAGAAAAACCUUACAAGUGUUCACACUGUGACAAGAGAUUCAGUCGUUCAGGAACUCUGAAAACACAUGAAAGGAUCCACACUGGAGAGAAACCGUAUCACUGCACUGCAUGUGGAAAGUGUUUCAAACAUUCAUCUUCUCUACACAGUCAUACAAAAAACCUUCACAGUAAGUAGAUCAUCUACAGAU